AUGGCGGCCUCCCUUUUCGAUCUUACAGGGAAGACAGCACUGGUGACAGGCGCCACAAGAGGGAUUGGCCAGGCUAUGGCGAUUGCCCUGGCGGAGGCGGGAGCAGACGUUAUCCUAAUUAGGGGCUCUUCUCCAGACACGACCACAAGAGCAGCCAUCGAGAAAACAGGCCGGAAAUGCCACAGCUACCAGUGCAACCUGGCCGAUAAAGCCGCUGUAGCUCGUCUCAUUCCAGCAGUUACCGCCGAGCACAAAGCUAUCAAUAUCCUUGUCAACGCGGCGGGGAUUCAGCGCCGGUGCGAAGCCGAAAACUUCCCGCAGGAGGCAUAUGAAGAGGUCAUGCAGGUUAAUCUCAAUGCGCCGUUUACACUCUGUAGGGAUAUGGGCAAAUAUUGGAUCGAAAAUAACAUGCGCGGUUGCAAGAUUAUUAAUGUGGCCAGCGUGUGCACGUUCUUUGGGGGCGUGAAAGUACUAGCGUACUCGAUGAGCAAAGGGGGCAUAGGACAGUUGACGAAGGCGUUGAGUAAUGAGUGGGCUUCGAAGGGGAUUAAUGUAAAUGCAAUCGCGCCAGGCUACAUUGCAACAGACAUGAAUCGGGACACAGUAACUGGCGACCCAGCGUAUCUAAAGAGCAUCACAGACAGGAUUCCUGCAGGGCACUGGGGGAAACCAGAAGAUCUGAAGGGCCCUGUUGUCUUUCUGGCUAGUGAAGCUAGUUCCUAUGUCAGCGGAGAGAUUUUGACGGUUGAUGGCGGUUUCUGUGGGCGUUGA